AUCUUAAUUAUUUGACAAUGACGACUUUUCACUUGAUAAUUAAAAAACGACGAGAAACUGCAAAUUUCUUGCUAUUAUUCUGUAUGUUUUUAACCUGUUUCUAAUAUAAUUUUUAUUAUUGUACUUUUCGUAAUUAAUAUCGACAAUAGAAAGAAUCUAUGUAAUGAUUGUGAAUGAUAAAAGUUUUAAUUGUUUUUUAAAUAUUCCAGAUUAAUUGCGAAAGAGGUUGAAACGGAGCAGUUAAAGGAAGCGUAUGAAAAUAUGAUGAAUGCAUUGACGAAAGUAAACGAUACUUUACCCGCAUAGUUGUUUUAAUAGCACUUUAACUAUGUCACAAUAUACCUAUAUAUUUGUUAUCGAUUUUGCGCGUACAGCUUACGAUUCUUAUAUUUAUACUUUAUAUUAACACUCUCUUUAUCUCUUUUCUCAUGCUGACGCAAACAAAAUCAUCGGUCAAAUAAAGUAAAUCAUUUGUUUAAUAUGUAUCGAAUUAUAAUUAGAUAAUUAUAAUUAGAAAAUUUCGAAUUAUAAUUAGAAAAUUCCAGCGAUUCAAAUCCGAUUCGAGUUAUUGAAAAGAGCUAUAAAAUGUAAAAAAAUGUCAAAUAAUAUCAGCAAAAAUAACUUGGGAUUUCAAAUAAAUAUAACGUUACAUUGGUAUCAAUUACAAAAACAGAUGCGAAUGAUUAUAGCGUCAUAAUUAUUUGACUACAACGUUUGAUAAUCCCAAAGGCGGAUCUCGGAAAAUAAAGAUCGGCAAUUAAACUUACAUUUUUCAUAUACGAGAUUCGAAGAAGAGAAAGAGUGAAAUCUGUUUUCUCUGGUAGUCUUCUAUUACAAUUUUCGAGUAGAUAAACACAGCUUAAAUAUAGAUAAACAUCCGGGUCAGAUUUUGCAAACAUAUUUUGCCGCUGUCUUCUCACGACUAUCACGAUUCUCUGGUCCCGAUUCUUGCAGACAAUAAGUAUACAUUCGCAGAUAUCGUGUUUUAUCAACGACUAUUAUUUCAUCUUCUUCUAAAAGUUUCUUUAGACUCUGAAAUAUUCGCGAUGAAUGGAGUGUGCAUUUCAUGUGACGGGAGUAUUGCAAAGGAUUUGGUUAAUAAAUUGCGUAAAGUUUAUUCCUAUUUGCAAAGUAUAUUGAAAAUGUUAAAGACGGAACAGUUUCGAAGCGAUAAAGUUGCAGAACGCAUAAGGCUUUAUAUAUCAGAGCCAGAUAUGACUAAUAAAGAUUUGUUAAGUGAAAGCAAGAUGUAUUUAGAUUUAACAAACAGUUUAAAUGAUCUUAAUAAAAGCUGCCUUACCAUGUUUAAUACUAUGUUAAAGACCAUGGACAUUUAUUCCAAGCUAAAAAUGAUGCUUCGAGAUAUGAAAUCUGAUUGGGAGACUUACUGGAGCUUUAUAGAGGAGGUUGAUAUAUACGAUGAUGAGGAGAUUAUAAACAGCGAAAAUGACUCCGAUUCAGAAUCCGGAUUUGAUCCGGACAUGAUCAAUAUUUUUACGUUGCGCAGUUACUACUUUCAUUGUAAGGACAAACUGUCACGUAUCGAAAUCAAUAGCGAACGACUCGAAUUGCUAAUUGCGCUGAUCCAUAAACAAUUUAUCGCGGUUAACAACAAUAAUUCGCUGUCACAUUUCCUACUGUAUCGCACCUUUAAGGAUUAUCACGAGAGGAUGAAUCGAUUUCUACGCAGCAUAAAGAAGAUUUGAAAUCGUGCAAUACUUGUCAAGGAUCUCUGUCGCGGUGUAUUCACUGUGACAAGUAUCUAAGAUAUUAGUAACACGUCGCAAAAUACACGGAUAUAAAAUGCAAAAAAUGAAAUGAAAAAAGGGAAUAAUCAGCGAUGACAUUUUUCUUCAUGCAAUAAAUUAUAUAAUUUUUUAUACAAGAAAAAAAAAAUAGAAGACAAGUUUAAUCAGUAUAUAACUGUUGUAAGCGAGAGAGUAAUAUAUAUAACAUAUUUGUUGAAUACAUAAUGUUUUUUAGGAUGUAAAAGUGUUUUAAAUAAUAUUU